AUGAAAUAGUUCAAAGAAAUUUUGUGUUUAUAAGUUGUUAAAGUCGAACUUACUUAAAGAAUAUCAAAAUCUGAUGCAGAAGAACCGAUCCAUUAUGGCAUUAUUUUAACAACCCAAAACUAAGAAUAAUAUGUUGUGCAUAAUGGUUAUAAAUUUGGAAAAGCUUAAGACUUUGUCCUAACAAGCAUCUNGAAAUACAACAAGACUGUGAGUGAUAUGCCUUGGUUAUUUUAUGAUUUUAAAGAAUUUGUAAAAUAUUAGGAGUAUUAUGAAUAUAAAAAACAUAUACACUUAUAACUAAUAUAUAGGCAUACCAUGUUCACUUAUUUGAAGCCUAAUAAUGUGUAAUUGAUCACAAAUCAAGAGAGAGGGACAGUCGAAAAAGAAGGCUAAAGGGCUUUUGAUAAAUAGUUAACUCAGAUGAGCUUAAAAUGA